AGUUUUUGUUUGUAAACAUUCUGGAUUUUGAGGAAGAACUUAACGGAGCGAUGGAGAAAGACCACAGCCCAAGCAAGAGGCCGUAUCAACGCCAUCCGUUACAGUGUCGUCUUUGUUUGUGUGAAUAUGAUAAAACUCAACUUUGUGAAAUCUUUGCCAAAGAUUCGCAACAGAAAGAAUCGAUUUUAGCCGCUGUUUCGGUCUAUCGACAGGAUCUCGUAACCCGCAUAUGUAUAAGCUGCCAAGAGAUUGUUCAACUAAUAAACACCUUCAGGGCGUUUUGUCAGCAAAGCGAAGUUUUGCUCGCCCAGCGAUGGUGCGUACUCGACUCGGACAACUGGGCUUGUCCCGAUAAUACAAUCAUUUUUCGGCAAGCAACGGAAUUGGUGCGACAGCACCUGCACCGAAUUGAAGCCUUCUCAAGUCAGAACGAUUGUAUAGAUAACAUCAAAAAAGGUCUGCUGGAGGUAGAAAAUUAUCCACAAGAGGAACAUUAUCUCGAGCCUUCCAUUGCUGACGCUGUUGAUGAGACGUCGGAAUUUUUGAAUGGGAAACAAGGGCAUACAGUUGAAUUGCUGUUAGAAACAGAACAAAGUGCAGAAUCGAGAAAAUAUGGCAUCAUCGAGGAAGUUAAUUUUGAGGAUUCUGAUUCGUGCCAGGACGAUGAACAAGGUCAUGAAACGCCCGAGAGGGCGAAAAGGGGUCGUGUGAAAUCCGCCAACAAGAGCGAUCGUCCGGAAAAAGUUAUCUGCUCCAUUUGUGGGGAACUGGUAUCACAGCAAGGACUCGAAGGGCACCUCAAUAGGCAUCUCGGAGUGCAACCAUUUGCCUGUGACAUUGAAGGAUGUGGAGCUAAACUGUACUCCAAAUUUGCUCUUCAGCAACACCGCAGCAGACAUAAGUCCACGAACCGGUACUACGACUGUGAGGUGUGUGGGAAACGCAUCAAGGGAACCGCUUACUGGUUGAUUCAUCGGAAAAUACACACCGAUGAACCCCGGUUUCAAUGUGACAUCUGUGGGAAGAAAUUUAGACGAAAAUGCAAACUAAAGGUACAUUCAACAGUUCACUCGGGGAUUGCGGAAUUCCCUUGUGAAAUAUGUGGGAAGUAUUUCACUGUGAAGCAUAACCUCACGGCACAUUAUAAGCUGCACAUGAAAAACGGCACGUAUCCUAAGGAUGCGGACUUCAUAAUGCAAUCGCAAAAGGUUCGACAAAUGCAAGAGUGAUAAAAUAACGCACUUUCUUAAUUAUGAGACGAUUCAAACAAAGAUUCAAUUACGAGGAUUGCUCAAACAGGAGAAACAAUGAAACGUUUCAUUUUUGAACCUUUAAUUUGGAAUGCGGAAAAUGCCGCGAAGUACAACUUGAACUGAAUAAACGUGAACAGAAUGUUCAGAAAUUCACGACAGUAUUUUGUGCUUGGAAUUGUAAUGAGUAACAAGAAUUGCUCCAACGUGGGAAUCUGGCUUCUCGUACGGAUAGAAAAAUGUUAUCAACUAGUUAUCAUGUUAAAAUUUCCAGGAAUUUGUCAUAUCUAUUGAAUAACAACAUCCAAAGAAGAAGCUUUGGAAAAGUU